AUGCAGUCUGUUAAGGAGUAUUUAUCUACUGCAAGUUUAGGAUUGGAGACCGAUAUGAAGCGAGAAAACGGCUCUAAAAGUAGAUUUGAGUUAAAUGUGGUUGUUGCAGAAUUCUCGUCUAGCGUUUUUUUGUUGAUGGUUGGGGUGAAUGGAAUGGCAGCUGGUGGUGUCGAUGAAGAGUUAUUGCAAGACGCUUAUCAGCGCAUAGUGGAUGGUUUAUUUAGUAAAUGUUUUGAUUUGAAAAAGGAAACCACAGAAACGCUUUCUUACGAAUGUAUGCUUCAUCGUUUAGCUGCGAUCGACUCAGCCGUAAAUUCGCUGAAGGUGCGAAAGCUAAACUUGAAGGUACAAAUCCCAUCCGAUCAGCUUUGCAAAUGGCGACGUCAUACUUGGUUGACGAAUCCAACUAAGAAAGUUCCCUUCCACUUGUCGCACGCUUUUGAUUUGGAAUACUGCACCAAAGCUUUUUUAAAGCUCUAUGAAAUCUUGCAUCGCUUUCCAAACCUCAUUCCGCCCGUUCCUCGUUUAGGCAAGCCUUUCAGCUAUGUUGACUCAUUGAGUAGCGUUGUGAGUCUUUCGUCAUUGAUCGCAGGUCACAACAGGUCCUUACAUCUUUGUGAAGCGCCUGGUGCGUUUAUAUCGGCGAUAAAUGUAUACACUUUUUUAUACCGUGAAGUUCUUAGAAAAAGCUGGGUUUGGUAUGCUAACAGUUUGAAUCCACACUAUGAAUGGAAUGAGCCUUGUUCGUUGUUUCUGGAUGAUGAAUUAAUCACUGCUACUUAUGACCAUUGGAUUUUUGGUCCAGACAACAGCGGCGACAUUUUAAAUUGGGACGAAAAAUAUGUAAAUAGUAUGAAGCUUUCCACAGGUGGUUUUGAUUUUAUAACAGCAGAUGGAAGUUUAUACUGUCAAGAUGAUCCUUUAGAACAAGAAUCUUUGACGCUUCCGUUAAUUAGAGCUGAAGUUGAAAUUGCCUUACGUUUGCUGCUGGAAGAAGGUUCUUUCGUUGUAAAAAUGUACGCUAUUACCAAGGACGAAACUGUGAGAAUCCUCUUGAAUCUUGUGGACCUAUUUCGGGAUGUGCACGUCUUCAAACCCUCGUGCAGUAAACCAGGUAACUCAGAGCCUACCUCCUACUCUGAAAAAGUUCUAUUACAACGUUUUUUAUACAUAAAAAGGUACAGUCGAGCAGUUUUAAGAUCUACAGAAGGAGAUGCUGCGGUUCAAUCUGACGACUUUUACCAUAAACAGAGAAGAGUCAUUCGUUGUAAAUCUUUUACUUUAUUUAUUCACAGCAUGAUCAGCCAUCAGCAAUCUCAAGUGCUGCAGAAGUUUGAAAAUUUUUAUGAAACUGAUAGGAUGCGUCAAGUGAAACCUGAGAUUUGGUUAACGUCAUUAUUGAGGUCUGGUGAAAAUAAUGGGGUGAUAUGA